AUGGACGACGAACUUUAUUAUCUACAGCCGGGCUUUGAUGCCAGCUCUCUAACCAUCCCAAUCAUCCGAAACCUCCUGCUAAAGCACGAAAUCGACUUUCCUAGCAAUGUAAAGAAAGCGAAGCUAGUUGAGAUCUUCGAAACCGAGCUUGCACCACAAGCUCCUAAACUCCUGGCGGAGGCUGGGAGAGUUAGGGCGUCGGCGCGGGGUAUUGUAAAUGCUCAGGACUAUGGUACCAUUGGGGAACCAGAAGUUGGUCGUACACCUAAGAAGAGGGCUCCUCGGCGAAAGGCAAGCUCCGUCGCUACCACUACUACGGAUUACGACGAAACCACUGGUGAUGAGGAUAUUGUUGCUACCGUGAAAAAAGCCACCCGAAAGGUCGCCACCCCGAUGAAGAGGACCGCGUCGCCAGUAAAGCGGGGCAGAAAGUCAUCAGCCAUGGUGCAACAGGAGACUACGGACGACGAGGAGCCGGCUAUAGUCAUUCAAGAGACACCAAGGGUGAGGCGAGGAAGAAGGAGUCUUGCCCCAAAGACACCAGAACCGGUUAAGGAACCAUCACCGUCGCCGUCACCGGAGCCUGUUGAACUCGUAAACAAUGAGCCAGCCUUCUCCAAUGAGAAUCCCUUCCAAAUGGGGUCAUCACCUCGAUACCAGCACCCGUCUGAUGCAAACAGACGACGAACAAUGCUUGACAAGGCAACGCCUCGGCAAGUUGACAGCUCCCGUCGGAGGACAGAGGGGCUGCCCUCUGUUCGCAGAUCACCCCAGACCCCAGACUUUGAUAGAGUUUCCCCGCUACCAAACCUCUCGCCUACUCCAGUUAAAAUGGUUUCAAUAUCGAAAUUCAAGUCACUCACGCCUGACCGUAAGAUAGCAAACAUGCACGCCGAGAUUGACAACAAUAACGAUGAAAUCGAGCGAAGAAUAUUUGGUGCUCAUGACGUCUAUAUCAAGGAAGAAGAUCAGAGCCUUGAUAUGCUAGAGCCUGGCGAGGAGUUUACCCCAGAAGAGCAGCUGGAAGUCGAAAUUGAAGACGAAAAUGCCAAUGCCGUCACAAAGUUAGCUCGUAGAAGAGGAAAAUCAGAACUUGGCACGACGCUAAUGAGCAUUUUGACUACUAUUUUCAGUAUUGCAAUUGUUGCAUAUGCCGCCUGGUGGAGAGAGGAAAAGAUCAAAGUUGGGUAUUGUGGUAUCGGAAAGCCAGCCAUUAGGAACACGGGGUAUCUAGAGUGGGCGGACAAGCUUGUACCUCAGUGUGAAACUUGCCCUACUCAUGCAGUAUGCCGCGGUCGACUGAAUACAGACUGCUAUACCGACUACGUUCUCGUACCUCACCCUUUCUCCCUAGGCGGCCUGAUACCUUUGGCGCCUACUUGUCAGCCUGACUCGGAAAAAAUACGGCGAGUCUCAGUUCUUUCAGAUGCUGUUAUUACUAAGCUUAGAGACCGAGCCGCCGCCAUUGAGUGCGGUUAUAUCAAGCCUGUUUCCGAGGAAGAAGAGGGCAUUUCUGAGAAAGGCAUCAUGGAUGCGCUUUAUGAAAUGAAGUCUCCAACCCUUUCCGAUGAUCAAUUCAGAGAACUUUGGAACAAUGCGGUGCAAGACUUGGAAAAUAAGGACGAAGUUGUCACUUCUAUGACAAGCGGCGGCGAUCGAUAUUUCAAAUCCACCGAUCUCUCUAACAUAAACUGGACUUGCGCUAUCAGAAAGAAUACGCUCGCCCUUCUCUUCCGCUGGAAGCUCGAAAUUUUGGGGGUCGUCACUAUCAUACUGGCUAGCUUGAAGAUCAGGUCUUCGAUGGUUCGACGCCAAGUAUAUGCUCGCCAAGUCCAGCGCCUCGUCGGUAUUGCUCUUAAACGUCUUGCCCAGCAACAGCGCGCGUAUUAUAAUGACAGAACCGCCGAUAUUGCUUAUCUUCCUGUGAAUCAACUAAGAGAUCAAAUCCUGUCACGGGAAUUUGAUCCCGAGAAGAGGCAGACUCUCUGGGCUGGCGUCGCCAAAGUUGUGGAAAUGAACAGUAAUGUUCGAUCGACGAAUGUGGAACAUAUGGGGGAGAUUAUGAGAUGUUGGACGUGGAUUGGAAGCUCCGCUCUCUUAGAUAUGGAUGCUGGAGAAGAAGGUACCGCUAGCCAGAGGGAUGAAGCAGAGCUAAGGUCUAUUAUGGGAGGCGAGGAAGAUAAAACAGAGUUGGUCAAGUCUCGAGAAGAGCUGACACCGAGGAUUCUUUAUUAG